AUGCAGCAAGAUGGCAACGACGGGCAUGCCCGUCCGGUGCGUCACCAUGAACCUCCUGAUGCGGUGCACACCUAUCUGGACGGCAUGAGUGUACGUGUGUGGCUGGUGUGUAUGUGUGUGCAGGAAGCGACUCGCGAUGAGGGCCUCCGUCGGUUCCGGCGUGAGAUGGAUCGCAUCGAAGAGCUCAUCCAUACACUAGAAGCGCAAGUGGGCGGGGUGAGGGGUGGUGUGUGUGUGUGUUCCGUAUGUCACCCAGAUCCAUGAUUCGUUAUUGCUGCAGGUAGCUGGCAACGAUGCCUCGCUGACGGGCCGCGACCUGUCUGUGGUGGUGGGCCACGUGAGCCGUGGCGGCGGCUGUCUCAAGGAGGCCGUCGAGCAUCUGAACAACAUACACAACACCAACUCACUGCAGGGCGGAGUGGCAGAGGUACAUAUCACAGCUCACACACAUUCCAGCUCACCUGUAUCUCUGUGUGUGUUGUCUGAGCAACAGGGUGACUGUAGUGGUCGUGCGGAAGAGCUGGCCGUGGAGGGGACUCAGAAGGCGACUCAUGAAACAUCCGUAUCGGUGUGUACUUUGAGAGCAGCCCGUCAGGCACCACCCUCUGCCCUCUAAUCCUGUCUCUGUGUGUGUGUGCAGGUAGCUGGUGUGUCGGAUAGCAAGCGAGCGCGUGUGGUGGAUGGCUCGAGUUGUCGUCAUGCGGCUGCUGCUGCUGCUGCUGCGGCUGCUGCUGGCGGUGACGGUGGUACGCACUAAUUGAAACAGAAAUGGACCAAAUACCAUAGAUGCGCCCACUCGGACAGUCUGUUUGUCUGUUGUGUGUGCAGGUGGUGUGUCGAGUGGUCCCCAGCAAGACGGCCAGGGACACGACCAACAGCAGCAGCCUACGAAGGUCAGCCUCGACACACAUCAAGCCGCUUAUACGCACCCGUCACAUCGUUCCGUUCGUCUAUUGUGACAUGUGUGUCAGGUUGUGGGUGGGCCGUCGCGUCUGUGUGGUCUGGAGGGCCCGCUGCUGUGUGACAUAGCCUCGUGGCUGACCACCAUCGAGGCCACUGUCCUCUGCCUCCUCAAUAGGGGCAUCAACGGCAUAGCCGACUGCACGCCCAACCACCACCCCAGCAGCGCCCAAGACGGCAGCAGCAAGGCCACGCCCUUCGGCAUCUACCGCAACCUCACCAUCGCUGAGGAGGAGGUCGAGACGUGGAGCAACCUCGACCUGGCCACACAGACACGUCUGAGGGGCAAACUGGUGAGUGAGACCAACACCGUGCCGCUAACACCCAUCCACACCACUCAUAUGUGGUUUCUGUCUGUCUGUCCGUUCGUCAGGGCAACGUCACGACAGCCCGCAUCCCGUCAUCCACGGGGCCAUACGAGAAGCGCAACGCGAGUUGCCAUUCCUUCGUAGCGACAUGUCUGGAGGCUGCCAAGGCAUCCCUGAAACACCUCUACAUCGGUGGCGACAGAGGCACCCGCCGUGCGCCGUGGUGUGCACCGCCCCCUGUGGCCUUCACGGCACUCACCAACCUGCACGUGGAACGCGACACGUGGAUCGAAUACUUCGGGUGAGUCAGGCUGACCAUGCACACAUAUUCAUGAGGGUCCCCUCACUGUGCUGUUGGUCUCUACAGUGACGCCCACUGGACCUUCCCAGCCCUCGUCGACUGCCAAGGACUGAAUGCCCCUGCGACGGGGAUCGCUCCCAGGGCCGUCGCGGGCAUCACCCAGAUCGUAAGGUCAUCCCCUCAGCUGACGACACUUGCGAUAAAGGACAUCAGCGAUUGCGGCAGCCGCGACUUCAUCGCCGCCCUCGGCCAGUACAGUCGCCUCAGCACCAUCCGUGGGCUGCGCGUCACCAAAGAGGCGUUGAGGAAUGGUCAUAUAGCUGACCUGCAAAGGUCCUUGGAUGCCCAGUGGAGCAAACCGGAAAUGCAAGGUCAGUAAUAAGCAGAGGUGGAUAGGGAGAGACCGAGUCGAUGCACUGAUGCCUUGUGGCCCGAUCGUCCAUCCAUCAGGAGUGAAGAAGACAAUCGAGUUCGUGUAUGGAUGCCCCAUCGACCACAACUUGGGCGACCUGACCCGCCCCCUGCGCGACUUCCUCGCGUGGGCCCGACGAGUCAGCGCCACGGUCGAGUGGCGGUCGGGCGCCUGCGUGACGGUCGACUGCAGCACGGAGCCCCUGAGUGCCACUGCCCCCAUUGCCGUGCGUGGCCCUGUAGCCGAUGCAGUCAAAGAGGUCGCCCAGAAAGCCAACCGCGUAAGUUAGAUGGGGAACAAAUGGGACAGACAAGGAACGAAUCGCACGGUUUGUAUGCAUGCCAUGGCUGCAUUCCUUCAACUCAGAUGUGGCUCUUCUGUGGCGGGUACCGUACCCCUCUGGACGAGUCGUGGAAGGACGUGCUCAACUUUCCCAACGUGACGCAGCUGUGGAUCCGCCAAUGCGUGCAUGACGAUCACCGUCAGAGCGCGGAGAUCGUGUCGGACAGCAUUCCCCCAUUUAUGACAGAGGUCGACGAGGACGGCAACAACGUCUGCUUUCCACGAAUCGAGCACCUGGAUCUCACGCUAGCCUACAUCCUGGGCUCGCACCCCCCUGAGGGCGCCUGGCAUUUUUCUGCCGGCCCCAACAAGCUUAGCACACUGCUAGGCAGCCUGCGCCACGUCGGAUCAGUCCAGUUCAGAACCUCUGACCUCUCUGUCUUGUCUGAGUGCCUGCCACUGCUGCCCACUGAGCGCAUCGAUGAGGUCAGCGUCGUUUUUUGCGACAACCUACGUGCGUUGCCUGAUGCAUGCCAACCACUCACACGCCCUGCCGUGACAUCGCUGUGGUCUGAUGAUGAUGAUCUGAUUGAUCUCAGCAAAGAUCAGGCCUUGUCGGUUAUGAGUGUUGUGACCCACGUGCGACCGUCCAAAGCGCAUCUGAGUCUGCACCUCCUUACCAGUGAGUUUGAGCUGGACGAGGAGGGGGCGUCAGAUGAGGAGCAGAUAGCCCAUGCAGAGCAGGAGCUGCGUGCGUUGGCGUGUGAGUGCUUCGAGCGGGUGAUGGCUUCAUACUCACUCGACAGCCUCACUAUCCAGUGUGACAUGAUCGAGGACGAGUGGGGGGAGAGCUUCCUCGGGUUUUGUGUACUCACGCUGGACCUGGUAGCUAAGGGCCAACAGGGAGGCGAUGAGGGGGAAAGGGGGGUAGUGCUGCGCGUUCUUUUGGUGUACGGUCAGACUUGA